AAGCUCCGCGGAGGCGGCCUCACUUGCUGGGCCGGUGGCGGACGGCGCGCGUGCUGCGAGCGCCAUCUGACUCCAUUACAACUCGAAUCUGUCCAUCGCGGACGGCGCCAACACUGGCGGGCUGCCAACCAAGCGCCUGCUGAAGCCUGCUGAACAACAUCGAGGCUGUCCUCGUAGCAUCGCCCCGGACGCAUGGCUUCCCUCCGCUCCGCGCUGGUCAUCCUCGCGACGGCACACGCCCACUACGUCUGGCAGACCACCUCGGGCGCCGAGACCACCGUCGCCUUCUCCGAGGACGGCCUGCCCGGCAACAAGAACAUCCUGAGCGCCAUCGCCAACAUAACGACGGGCCGCGUUGCGCCCGUCGGCGGCGCGGCGUCAUCACUUACUUUCACGCAGCGCGACGCCGUCCUCGCCGCGCCCCUGACGACAACGGGACCGGCGGCGGUCGAGGCGGCCGCGCCCUACGGCCUCCACACCAUCGCCGGCGUUCCCGUGUACCUGCAGUACUACGCGUCCGCGUCGCGCGUCACGGACCCCCAGCAGUGGGGCUUGGUGCAGACGUCGCUACAGAACGACCUCUCCAUCACCCUGCGCGACCCCUUUACGUUCGGCCCGCGGCAGUCGGUGGGAGCGGUGGAGACGGACGCUGCGCCGGACGACCAGUGCCCGCGCGGCCUCGCCGCGAUCGACGGCGACGUUUGCGUGCUGGCCGUCGUGCGCUGGAAGGGCCAGCAGGUCGAUUGGAACGUCAACGUCAGCACCUUCGCGAACGGCCGAGCUUUACGGACAGGCCGCGCGAAAAACGGCGCGCUCGUCGUCCGCGUGCCGCCGAACUCGGACGUCUACGCCCUGGCGUCGCACCGCGUCGACGGGGACCCGCCGGUCGGCCACUACGCGACGGCGUCGACGCGCGUGCGGCGCGGCGCCGCGCCGACGAGCACGGGCAAGACGGCCUUCUGCGAGGCCGUGGAACGGAACCACGGGUGCUGCCUGGCCUGCGGCUACUCGACGAGCGGGCCCGGCGAGUGCAAGGCGUCGGUCAAGUCCGAGGACGCCUACUGCAAGAGCCUCGAGGCGCCGUCCCAGCGGGGCUGCUGCGCCGUCUGCGGGCAGGCGUGGUCCGACGCCGAGCGGCGGUGCGUCCUCGUGUCGCGGUAGUAACGACUCUUGCCUUCCG